GGUCUAAAGUACUUCCUUAAUUGCAUUUCUUUUUUAUCUUCAUUUCAAUCCCUAUCUUCUCUUUUCAUUCUCUAUACAUCUUCAUUUUCGAUACCUGCUCCCUAUUAAUCAUGGCGGGUGUCGUUGGCGCCGUUGGGCGUUUUUUCCUUCAUAUAUACCGAACUCUACUCAACAGACAUUCAUUUUUUGGUUUACUUAGACAUAUUUUAAUCAACAUGACUUUCAUUCUCAUUUGGAUCACUACUUUCAAAAAUGCAUGGCGAAUCGAUUCCUCAAUCCGGCCAUUGAUUGAUGUUAAUUACCUCGAAGCAUUGGAUAGAAGAGUUUUUGGAUUUUCAAUGUUCGGUCUUGCAUCACAAUUUACCUGUUCGGUAAUUGGAAUACUUUGGAUGUAUACACUUACACGAAAGAAGAUAUCGAUAAUAGCUGGAUUACCUCCCCUUCUCCUCAAUAUCCUCUACGCACUUUCCCACAACCUCUCCGAACCCCUUGAUGUUUUCGCUUGGCUCUCAUAUGGUGUUAUCCACUUCAUCUCUCCCUUUUUCGCCGCAUUCUGGCUCUGGCUAUUUGCACCUCCCGGAGUUGUGUCAAUGUUCGCAUGGUCCUUUGGUAUUCAAAACUGCCUAGGAAUAAUGACCCAUCUUUCCUUCCCCUCAGCCGCUCCUUGGUAUGGCGAUCAAUACGGCUAUCCUCUCCCCCCUGGAAACUACAGCAUGCCUGGUUCUGCAGCUGGCCUCGUGCGCGUCGACAAAGUUCUCGGAACCCACAUCUACGCCAAUGCAUUCAAAGCUUCUCCCUUAGUUUUUGGCGCAUUCCCUUCCUUGCACGGAGCAUUCAGCUGCUGCUGUUUCUUCUUCGUAGGCCGCUACUCCAGAAAAGGAACCUUCAUACUCGGUUUCUACGUCUUAUGGCAAUGGUUUUCGACAAUGUAUUUGCGUCACCAUUGGCGGAUAGAUCUCUUAGGUGGACUCGCUUAUAGUGCAUUUGCUUUUUCGCUUUUCUACCGCAGUUUGCAGAAAAUCGAUAGGGCGUAUGCCACGGGAGUUAGUGGGGGCAAUGGCUGGCAAAGACUUUGGGAGGGAACCAGGUUGCAGUAUUGGUUCGAUAGGAGACCUGCGCAGCAAGGUUAUGAGGUGCUCUUGGAAGACCAGGAAUAUAAUAAAGAAGCAAGGGGAGAGGAUAGAGAAAUCGACAGUCUGGGAUCAUCGCGAGAAGAUUUGGAGGGUGCGUGGGUGAGGGAUGAGGGGGUUACCUGGACGGUUAGAGAUACGGAGAGGAGGUCGAGGUAGGCUGGGGUGGAAUAUUAUCUGGAAGAGAUGAUACUUCCGUAUAGUGAAUUGCAUGGUAAAGAAGAAUUACAAGAGAUGAAAGAAAAGCAUCCACAUAUGCAUGCAGGGCGUUGGAAACGGGAAUUGGAAUUUAAUACCUAGGCACAUAAAGGUUCUGUAUAUAAAUGAUACGAAUCCUGAGUACAUAGAACGAGUAUCAGACGAAUAUACGAGAGAACACCAACAGGAAGGAGUAUAUAAAUACA